AUGUCUCCUCCAAUCUCCCCACAGCCCUCCGAGACCCGCCCGCGGGCUGGGACAGCCAUGAGCUUUUCUUCCCAGCGUUCCCGUCGCAGUAACUCUUCAACGGGCAAGAUCGACCUGACGGAGACUUCGCGGGAUAAGAAGAGAUUGAAUACGAAGGCUGAUCCUUCAAAAGCCAUAACUGAGGCCACCCCAGUGGAACAAGCACAGGAAGCAUCUACGGUGGAUGAUUUGCGCAAGAUGUUGCACAAGGACAACGAAGGCAAUGUCAUCACCGACCCUGACCGUUCCAACCCAACCCGUCAUCGCCUGGAGCGCCCUCUUGACACCAUCCGUGCAUUCAACGCAGCUGCAGAGGGGACCACUUCACGUCGUACGUCCAUGAAUAGCAGGCCAGGUUCUCAAGUCGGCUGGAAUGGAGAUAUGAACCGCAGAACCAGCUAUUACUCAAACAAUGGCUAUUCUCCGCAGCGACCACGAAUUUCGCCAGCUGGUGGCUACUACCGCAACUCAUCAUACGGAUUUGGCCCACAGAGUGCAGUUGAAGAAUCUCCAGGGUCGUCCCAAAUGUUUGCCAGACCCCCUAUGCGUCAACAAACCUACCCGUAUCCAGGCUCUCACCAGAAUGGGAACCCGAAUGGUCAUCAAAAUGGAUAUCAUAAUGGAGAGAGUCCCGUGUCAUACCACUCGUACCACCAGUCCUACGAGACAAUGACCUCCGGCUCAGAGGAGUAUGGAAAAUCCACCAACCCCAGUUCCCAGAACAGCUCCUUUGAUCAGCUCCACCAACUACGCACCAAGCCCGAAGAUUUCACGCCAGAGAACCCGUACGCAAACGAGAUCAAGUUUAACCAGGUAUCUCCGACAAAGCCACUCACAUCAUAUGGAUUUGGUGAAGACCACUAUGGUCAAGAGAUGGCACCUCCAGCAAUCCCAAGCAAAGGAUUCGCUCUUCCACCCCCAAACAAUCCCCGGCAACCUAUUCCGCUUAAUUCUUCUCCAACCGAGAUGACUUCACCCACUAAUGCCGCUUCCCCCAAGAAGCAGAGCUGGAUCAAACGGAGGUUCAGCAGACGAGAUCAUUGA